CAGAAAAAUCCUCAUUGCUGUCUAAUUUCCAUCUCCCCUAUUGCAAUUCUAACCACACACUUCCCUCUAUGGAGCCCAGCCUCACACAAGAUCUCUUUAAAGCCUUGAAGCUUACAGCAUUGAAGGAGACCCCAUUUCAACCUUCUGACUGACCAUUCACUGCCCCUCAUCUCAUUCUGUUCCCCUUGGGGAUGUUAGUUCCUGUUCUAAGCCCACCCCCACCCAGACCCCUUUUCCGGUGGUGUGUGCCAGCCGGUCCUGCGUCCCACAUCCCCAGCUGUUGACAUUUUAUUGCCAUUACCCAAAGGAUAAAGAAAGGGCCCCUGUUGUUUCAACAAUGGGGGAAAGACGGGGACAAUGGGAAAUUGUGCUGCUGAUGGGGUGGGGACAGAGAAGGAAAGGACAGACAGAUAGACAGAUGGGGGGCUGGACAGAAGGGGUCAGGUUUCUGGAAGCAGCUGGUUCCCACCUUGAGAGCCUCUUCCCAUAGGCGAUGCGCACCCAGGCACCGGAGGGCAGAGGACAAAAAGCUGCCAGUCACUGCUCCCUCCAUCGCUGUGAAGAGACCAGCUUUUAACAGACCCAGCUAGGCUGACUCCCCAUCAUGCAAGGUUGGCUCAAUCUCCCCACACUCUGUCACUUCCUUCUCCUGUGGGCCUUCACCACCUUCCACAGAGCCCUCGGGGACCCAGCAUCCUACCGGGGCCCCCACUACCUUCUGCCCCCCAUCCACGAGGUCAUUCACUCUCGUCGUGGCGCCACGACCACGCUGCCCUGCAUCCUGGGCACCCUGCCUCCCAGCUACAAGGUGCGCUGGAGCAAAGUGGAGCCAGGGGAGCUCCGGGAAACCUCGAUCCUCAUCACCAACGGACUGCAUGCCCGGAGCUACGGGGCUCUGGAGGGCCGAGCCAGGAUGCGGAGGGGGCAUCGGCUGGACGCCUCCCUGGUCAUUGCGGGCGUGCGCCUGGAGGACGAGGGCCGGUACCGCUGUGAGCUCAUCAACGGCAUCGAGGACGAGAGCGUGGCGCUGACCCUGCGCCUGGAGGGUGUGGUGUUUCCGUACCAGCCCAGCCGGGGCAGGUACCAGUUCAAUUACUACGAGGCGAAGCAGGCGUGCGAGGAGCAGGGCGGACGCCUGGCCACCUACGCGCAGCUGUACCAGGCAUGGACCGAGGGGCUGGACUGGUGCAACGCGGGCUGGCUGCUCGAGGGAUCCGUGCACUACCCUGUGCUUACCGCGCGUGCUCCGUGCGACUGUCUGGUCUUCCUGUCCUGGGGCCGGGAGGCCCAGGAGCUGGUGGCUCGGGGGCUGCGGGUCAAGGUGAGCGAGGCCUACCGGUUCCGCGUGGCGCUGCCCGCCUACCCGGCGUCACUCACCGACGUCUCCCUGGCGCUGGGUGAGCUGAGGCCCAACGACUCCGGCAUCUACCGCUGCGAGGUCCAGCACGGCAUAGACGACAGCAGCGAUGCUGUGGAGGUCAAGGUCAAAGGGGUCGUCUUUCUCUACCGGGAGGGCUCUGCCCGCUAUGCCUUCUCCUUCACUGGGGCCCAGGAGGCCUGUGCCCGCAUCGGCGCCCGCAUCGCCACCCCAGAGCAGCUCUAUGCGGCCUAUCUGGGGGGCUAUGAGCAGUGUGAUGCUGGCUGGCUGUCCGACCAGACUGUGAGGUAUCCCAUCCAGACUCCGCGAGAGGCCUGUUACGGAGACAUGGAUGGCUUCCCUGGUGUCCGAAACUAUGGCGUGGUGGACCCGAGUGACCUCUAUGAUGUCUACUGCUAUGCUGAAGACCUCAAUGGAGAGCUGUUCCUGGGCGCCCCCCCAGACAAGCUGACAUUGGAGGAGGCACGGGCAUACUGCCAGGAGCGAGGAGCAGAGAUCGCCACCACGGGCCAGCUAUAUGCAGCCUGGGAUGGUGGCUUGGACCGCUGCAGCCCAGGCUGGCUGGCCGAUGGCAGCGUGCGCUACCCCAUCAUCACACCCAGCCAGCGCUGUGGUGGGGGUCUGCCCGGUGUCAAGACUCUCUUCCUCUUCCCCAACCAGACCGGCUUCCCUAACAAGCACAGCCGCUUCAACGUCUAUUGCUUCAGAGACUCUGCCCAGCCCUCUACCAUCCCCGAGGACUCCAACCCAUCCUCUGACCCAGCUUCUGAUGGACUGGAGGCCAUUGUAACAGUGACAGAGACCCUGGAGGAACUGCAGCUGCCUCAGGAAGCUGUGGAGAGUGAGUCCCGAGGAGCCAUCUACUCCAUCCCCAUCAUAGAGGAUGGAGGAGGUGCAAGCUCCACUCCGGAAGACCCAGCAGAGGCCCCUAAAACCCUUCAAGAAUUCGAACCCCAAUCCAUUGUACCUCCCAUGGGAUCAUCAGAAGAGGAAGGCAAGGCAAUGGAGGAAGAAGAGAAAUACAAGGAUGAAAAAGAAAAAGAGGAGGAGGAGGAAGAAGAGGAGGAUGUGGAGGAUGAGGACCUGUGGGCCUGGCCCAGCGAGCUCAGCAGCCCGGACCCAGAAGUCCCUCUCCCCAGUGAGCUGGACCUCGAGGACUCACUCUCCCAGGCAUCCCAGUCACCAGCAGUCCUACACCCCGGUGCAUCACCACCUCCCAAUGGAGAGCCAGAGGCCCCCAGGCCGCCAAGGGUCCUAGGACCACCCACUGAGACUCUGCCCACUCCCAGGGAGGGGAACCUGGCUUCACCUUUCACUCCCAUUGGGGCAAGAGAGGUGGGGGAAGAGACUGGGCGUCCUGAGCUGUUGGGGGUCCCUCGAGGAGAGAGCGAGGAGACAGGGAGCUCCGAGGAUGCCCCUGCUCUGCUUCCAGCCACACGGGCCCCUGGGGGUACCAGGGAGCUGGAGGCCCCCGCCAAAGAGAAUUCUGGAAGAAUUGUCCCAGCAGGGACCUCAGUGCAGGCCCAGCCAGUUCUGCCCACUGACAGCACCAGCCAUGGUGGAGUGGCCGUGGCCCCCUCAGCAGGUAACUGUGUCCCCAGCCCUUGCCACAAUGGUGGGACAUGCUUGGAGGAGGAGGAGGGGGUCCGAUGCCUGUGUUUGCCUGGCUAUGGGGGGGACCUGUGCGACGUUGGCCUCCGUUUCUGCAGCCCGGGCUGGGACGCCUUCCAGGGCGCCUGCUACAAGCACUUCUCUACACGGAGGAGCUGGGAGGAGGCGGAGACGCACUGUCGGAUGUACGGCGCGCACCUGGCCAGCAUCAGCACGCCCGAGGAGCAGCGCUUCAUCAACGAUCGAUACCGGGAGUACCAGUGGAUUGGGCUCAAUGACAGGACGAUCGAAGGCGAUUUCCUGUGGUCAGAUGGCGUCCCCCUGCUCUAUGAGAACUGGAACCCCGGGCAGCCCGACAGCUACUUCCUGUCCGGAGAGAACUGUGUCGUCAUGGUGUGGCAUGAUCAGGGACAAUGGAGUGACGUGCCUUGCAACUACCACCUGUCCUACACCUGCAAGAUGGGGCUGGUGUCCUGUGGGUCCCCACCAGAGCUGCCCCUGGCUCAACUGUUUGGCCGCCCGAGGCUGCGCUAUGAGGUGGACACGGUGCUUCGUUACCGGUGCCUGGAGGGGCUGGCCCAGCGCAACCAGCCACUGAUUCGCUGCCAGGAGAAUGGUCGCUGGGAGGCCCCACAGAUCUCCUGUGUGCCCCACAGGCCUUCUCGAGCUCUGCACCCCAAGAAGGCCCUAGAAGGACGUCAGCGGAGGCUACUGGGGCGCUGGACCCCUCCUUCCAGUCCUGUUCCAGCUCCCUAAGAAGCAAAGCCUUGGAUACUGCUGCCCCCAGCACUGCCCUCAUGCCCCACCAUGGGAAGUGACAACAUGAGAGGGGUAGAGCUGGAGUCCAGGUGACAGUGCCUGAAGGGACUUCUGGGAAAUACCUGGGCAGCUGCAGACCAGCCUAGGCCCUUUCACCCCCACGCUGAGCAUCAGGUUUUCCCUCAGGGCCUUGAGUUGUCCCUAAGUGCCUCAACUGCCCCCUCCUCGCCAGCCAUCCUGUCCCCUCCAUUCCCCUGGGGGGCUCUGUGUCCACUCGUUCUCUAAGGGAAUGAGUUUUCAGGAUGGCAUACCUGUAAAACCAGCAGGAAAUAAAGCUGCAUUCGAGUCCAA